AUGGAUACGAGCACGGACAACAAGAAAAAGGACGUGGCUGCUGCUGGUGCGCACGAAGCCACCUCUGCCAAAAAACCCGCCGUCACGCGGCCGCCCCGUGACUCGCGAGACCGGCCCAUGAACAAACUUUCCGUCAACCUCAUUGUCACAUACCGCCACAUCAACGAGGUUUACUACGCCAACAAACGCGCUCGCAAGGCCCGGGCCAAGAAGAACAAUGGCUACGACGAUGAAAACAACGACUACAUCGUCAGGAUAGGCGAGCUCUGGAAUGAUCGCUACGAGAUUCGUGGUCUCUUGGGCAAGGGUUCUUUUGGACAGGUUGUGGAAGCUGUGGACAAGGAAACUGAUACCCGCGUGGCCGUCAAAAUCAUCAAAAACAAGUCGGCUUUUCGCGAACAAGCACGCAUCGAGAUUGAGCUCCUCAAACGGGUGGCAACCAAGGACCCCACAGACUCGUACCACAUGGUCCGCAUGCUCAGGUGGUUUGAACACAAGGACCACCUUUGCAUUGUGUUUGAGCUCUUAUCCUUCAACCUUUACGACCUUAUCCGCAACACCAACUUUCGUGGCGUUUCCCUCAACCUCAUCCGCAAGUUUGCCAUCCAAAUCCUUCGUGGUCUUGCCUUUUUGUCACGCGAUGACAUCUCCAUCAUCCACUGUGACCUCAAACCCGAAAACAUCCUGCUCCGCAAUCCCAAGAGAACGGCGCUGAAGCUGAUUGAUUUUGGCAGUAGUUGUUACAUUGGCAAAACGAUGUACCCAUACAUCCAAAGUCGAUUCUACCGCUCGCCAGAGGUCCUAUUGGGCCUGCCCUAUGACCAAGCCAUUGACAUGUGGAGCUUGGGCUGCAUCUUGUUUGAAUUGCACACGGGUGACCCGAUCUUCAACGGUGUCUCGGAGCGUGACCAGGUGUACAAGCUCACCGAGCUGUUGGGCGUUCCCCCCGUGCACAUGCUUGAAAAGGGUCGCAAAGCCGCCAACUUUUUCCGCAAGCUCGGGGAUGGUAGCUAUGAGCUUCUCCCCACCAAGCGCACAUACCUCAAACCCGGCUCCAAAAGCCUCUCAAACAUGCUCAACGCGAACCAGGGUGGUCCCGGUGGUCGCCGCAUGGAUGAGCAAGGACACAAGCCCGAUGACUAUGCCCGCUUUAUUGACCUCUUGCGGGGUCUUCUCGAAUAUGACCCCGAGAAGCGACUCAAGGCUGCAGAUGCUUUAAACCACCCGUUUAUCGUACACGCCGAUGCUGCCUCGCGGCGCUCGGACACAGCAGCCCACGAUGCAGGCUCAGCCCGUGCCGCAGGCGUACCCGAUCAGCUGGCGCGCCUAAACCGGAUGUCCAAUGCUGUUGCAAAAACCAGUGGCCGCGCCUCGGUAUGA